CAAAAAUAUUAAAUCUCGCGAACGCUUCAAAAAAGAACAAAAUCUUAUAUUAUUGACAAAGCUUUAUUCGACGAAGAAUCUGUUUUGUUUACGUUGGUGCAUGAAAAUUCCUGCCGUUUAUCAAGAACAAGAACAAGGAAAGAUAAUGGUUCGAAUCACCGAGGAUCUUGUGCGUAAAAGAGCGGAACAUAAUAAUUUAGAAAUUUCAACAUUGGAAGAAGUGUCACUUCACCAACAAGACAUAGAGAAGAUUGAAAACUUGGACAAAUGGUGCAGAGACUUGAAAAUCUUAUAUUUGCAAAGCAACUUGAUUCCUAAAAUAGAGAAUGUGGGUCGUCUCAAGAAACUAGAAUACUUGAAUCUAGCUUUGAAUAAUGUUGAAAGAAUUGAAAAUUUGGAAAACUGUGAAAUGCUCAAGAAGUUAGACUUAACUGUGAAUUUUGUUGGUGAACUUACAAGUUUAGAAAAUCUUAAGGAUCUGGUUCAUUUCAGAGAAUUGUAUUUAACAGGAAAUCCUUGUACGGAAUAUGAAGGUUACAGAGAGUAUGUUGUAGCCAUAUUACCCCAGCUUGAGUAUCUGGAUGGGAAAGCAAUAGAGAAAUCUGAGAGAAUAAAAGCAACACAGGAUGUAGGAGUGUUAAAAGGAUAUAUCAUAGAGCAACAAAAUAGACACAAGAAAAAACGAGAAAAGGAGAAAGAAGAGAUCAGGAGACAUGAGGAGGAGAAGCAGAAACCAAAGAAAGGCACCAACUGGUACACCGACAUUAAUGGUGGUGAUCAGAAAACUACACAGGAUGUAGGGGGCAGCACUAACACUGAGUCACAUGAUGAACAUGAGGAGGAGGAAGAUGAAGAAUUGUUGGCAGAAAAAGAAAAAAAAUUUUGGGACGAAGAGGUUCCUUUUACGCCCGAGUCACGAGUGGCAGUUCAUGAACACAUGAAGAAACUCAAGGAGAAGGAGGACCAAAAAAAUAAAGCUCCACCUAAACAACCAAGACGUCUCUUUACUGAGGAUGGUAGACCACUGAAUGUAAAUGAGGCCAAAAUUGAUUUCACGCUGACAGAAGACGAGAAUGAGAACAGCUUUCUACUGGAUGUAGUGUGUUUUAAACAUAUGGACACGUCCUUGAUAGAUUGUGAUGUACAGACAAAUUAUGUCAGAGUGACCCUGAAAGGGAAGAUGUUCCAGGUAUGUCUGCCAGAGGAAGUGAAUGCAGACUCCAGUACUGCCAAGAGAUCCCAAAUCACUGGACAUCUAUUGGUUACUAUGCCAAAGGCAAAACCUAUCAUAAAGCCAGCAAAACCUAAAGCAGAGAAUAGUGAAGAGAACAAAGAAAACAAACAGAAAAACAGAAGCAGGAACACUCAUGAAAAACUGGAGGUGGACAAAUCAGUACACAAGACAGUUGAUAUAGCUAACAUUGUGAAGGAGAAAUUGGACAAUAUUGUUCCACCGCUCGGUCACAAACCUCGGCAGAAAGCACAGGAACGUCCAAACAGUGAGAAUUUCGUGGAUGAUCCGGAUGUUCCUCCAUUAGAGUGAUACCCAGGAGUUAUAUGUACAUUGUGUUCCGUCCAAAUCAAUACAUUAAAUUUUUUUGCAAACCCCAAG